AUGCGGCAGGCGCUGCUGGCACGGGGGCAUGCCCCGCCAAAGGUGGAGGCCAUGCUGACCAGCUCCGAUGCAGGCAUCUUCAUCUGGGGCAACAAGGACACCGACUCGCUGGAUGCAGCAGCCAGCACCGUAGAGAAGCUGGACUUUGCCCGCAACGGCCCAGCUCUGGCAGCAUACUUCCACGCUCUCCAGACAGACACCUGGAAGCCCUCCAAGAGCAUGUCACAGUACAAGGCCGACCACGAGCGGCGCCAUCGGGCGGCAAAUGCGGCGCUGCCUCGCUGGGUGGCGACGCAGCCCAGCCUGGAGGACAUCCGGCAGAAUGCACGCGUGCCAAGGUCCCUGCUGCCCACGCUGGAACAGCUGUGGGCCAGCCAUCAGCGUGCACAGCAACUGGCAGCUUCGUAA